AUGGAACCAAACACAAAGACCAUCUUGAUCCUUGGAGGUUCCUACGCCGGUAUCUCAACUGCACACUACAUCCUCAAACAUGUCAUUCCUACUCUACCAAACAAAGACGACUAUCGGGUUGCCUUCGUCAGCAGUUCCUCUCAUUUCUUCUGUCGACCAACCUCUCCACGUGCCCUGGUCUCUGAGACCGCUUUUCCAAAGGAGAAGUCACUAUUUGUACCCCUGACUGAAGCGUUCGACCAAUAUACCAGUCCUUCCAUAACCCUAUACCAUGCUACUGUGAUUAAGCUUGAUCAUUUGGCGCGUAUAGUCACGAUUAUCCCGGCCAACGAAGGGACCGCUGAUAUCAACCUCAAGUAUCACGCUCUCAUAAUCGCCACUGGAGUAACCGCAGAAUCUCCGCUGAUGGGUCUUCGGGGGGAUCACCGGAAUACAAUAGAAGCCUGGACUUUAUUUCGAAAGAAGCUGUCAUCUGCCAAGAGUAUCGUCAUUACUGGAGGCGGACCCACCGGUGUAGAGACAGCUGGUGAAUUAGGGCAAUAUCUGAAUGGUACUGCAGGCGGAAAGCCAAAUGUUUCCAUUACUCUCGUGACGAGAAGCAGGCGCUUGCUUCCGUAUUUCCCUCUUUCAGUUUCUCAAAAGGCUGAAGCUCAGUUGUCCAAGCUCGGGGUAUCCGUUAUCAAGGACAAAAGUGUGGAGAAAGUCAUCUCGAUCAACUUUGAUGCAGUGGAUACUGCAGGCAAAAGUCUUGAGCGGCUCACUGAUACAGUAGUAGUGCAUCUGAGUGACGACGAGACUCUUCAAGCAGACUUGUACAUUCCAGCGACCGGUGUUUCGCCAAAUACCGGUUUCUUACACCGUCAACUACUCGACAACGAAGGUUAUGUGAAUGUCAAUUCUUCAUCGCUUCGUGUGGAAAGUGCUGGCCCCCGAGUCUAUGCCCUUGGCCAUGUAUGCUCCUCAACACCACGUGCAAUCCACGCUAUCAUGAAACAGGCUCCGGUGGUUGGGGAGAACCUGAAGCAAGGCCUACUAUCCGCAGAAGACAAAGUUAAAGAUGGAGAAGCGGCUUAUCGCGUAUAUGAACCAGAGUCCACUAUUACCCAGUUGGUGGUUAUUGGAAAGAAAGGUGUUGGCAUGGCUCUUGGAUGGAGAGUACCGAGCUUUUUUGUAUGGUUGAUCAAGGGGAGGGAUUAUUGGCUUGGUAUGACGCCGCCUAUGUGGAAUGGGAGACAAUUCACCAAGUCUCUACAACUUGCAAUUCGUUAA